UCCUCCUCUGCUCUCUCUCAAUUCCUUCUAUAUUUUUAUAACCUGAAAAAUAGAAAAUAAAAUUCACCAAAUUUAUCAGUCUCUUCCUUUUCAAAAUCACUAAAUUCUCUCUCUAAAACAUCGCCGUUCUUCUUCACAUUGCAGGCGAUUUGAUCGUCGCGCAUUCGAGUUGGAAGCUUCUCUUUUUCUACAUCAAGUUUUUGUUCUCAGAUUUGGAAUCUAGUUGAAUUGAAUUGAAUCAGAGAAUCGGCAGAAACGAUUGUGAGAUUGGAGCAUCAUUCUGGAAAUGGAGCCAUCACAGAGAAGAGGCCAUGUUUCGCGGUCACCAUCACAGACACCACGGUCAAGUGAAAAGGCGGUUAGAGAUCUGCGAUUGGCGGAAGGGAAUAUGAGUGGAAAGCAUGACAAAGAUAAAGGCGUCAAUGUGCAGGUUAUUGUGCGUUGCAGGCCAUUGAGUGAGGAUGAGAUGAGAUUGAAUACACCAUCAGUGAUUUCCUGCAAUGAGGGAAGAAGGGAAAUUUCUGCUAUGCAGAACAUAGCUAAUAAACAGAUUGACAAAACAUUUGUCUUUGAUAAGGUCUAUGGUCCUACGUCCAAACAAAAGGACUUGUAUGAUUCUGCAAUCUGUCCUAUUGUAUUUGAAGUUCUAGAGGGCUAUAACUGCACCGUUUUCGCUUAUGGGCAGACAGGAACAGGGAAAACUUAUACAAUGGAGGGAGGGGGAAGAAAGAAGAAUGGGGAAUUUCCAAGUGAUGCAGGUGUUAUCCCACGAGCUAUUAAGCAAAUCUUUGACAUAUUGGAAGCUCAAAGUGCUGAAUAUAGCGUGAAAGUAACAUUUUUGGAGCUGUAUAACGAGGAAAUAUCCGAUCUUUUAGCUCCUGAGGAAUGUACAAAGUUUACAGAUGACAAAUCCAAGAAACCAUUAGCUCUGAUGGAAGAUGGGAAGGGUGGAGUUUUUGUUAGAGGCCUGGAAGAGGAGUUAGUAAGCUCUGCAAAUGAAAUUUACAAUAUCUUGGGGAAAGGUUCCGCUAAAAGGCGUACAGCUGAAACUCUUCUUAACAAACAGAGCAGUCGUUCUCAUUCUAUAUUCUCUAUCACAAUUCACAUCAAGGAAUAUACUCCAGAGGGGGAAGAGAUGAUCAAAUGUGGUAAACUGAAUCUUGUAGACCUUGCGGGUUCUGAAAACAUUUCACGUUCUGGUGCAAGAGAGGGCAGAGCAAGGGAAGCUGGGGAAAUCAACAAGAGUUUGCUUACACUCGGUCGUGUUAUAAAUGCUUUAGUUGAGCACUCUGGUCAUAUCCCAUAUAGGGAGAGCAAAAUAACAAGGUUGUUGAGGGAUUCAUUGGGAGGGAAAACAAAAACAUGCAUAAUUGCGACAAUAUCACCCUCCAUUCACUCUAUGGAAGAGACACUCAGCACUUUAGAUUAUGCUCAUCGUGCCAAAAACAUAAAAAAUAAGCCAGAGAUUAACCAGAAGAUGAUGAAAUCUGCAUUGAUGAAGGACUUGUAUUCUGAAAUUGAAAGGCUGAAGCAAGAGGUGUACGCUGCAAGAGAGAAGAAUGGUAUCUACAUACCAAGAGAUAGAUAUCUCCAAGAGGAAGCAGAGAAAAAGGCAAUGUCUGAAAAGAUAGAACGGAUGGAACUUGACUCAGAAUCAAAAGACAAGCAACAUAUGGAGCUUCAGGAACUGUACAAUUCUCAGCAGUUGUUGACCACUGAAUUGAGUGGCAAACUUGACAAGACAGAGAAAAGGCUUCAGGAAACUCAGCAUACUUUGGCUGAUCUUGAAGAGAAACAUAGGCUGGCAAUUACAACAAUUAGAGAAAAGGAAUUUCUGAUAACGAACCUUCUAAAGUCUGAAAAAUCACUGGUUGAGCAGGCCUUUGAACUUCGAGCUGAGCUGGAACAUGCUGCAUCAGAUGUCUCUAACUUGUUUGCAAAGAUUGAGCGCAAGGACAAAAUAGAACACGGAAACAAAGUUCUCAUCCAAAAGUUCCAAUCGCAAUUAACUCAACAACUUGAAGUUAUGCAUAAGAGUGUUGCUUCCUCAGCCACACAACAAGAGCAACAACUCAAACACAUGGAGGAAGACAUGCAGUCCUUUGUGUCUACCAAGAUUGAGGCUAUGGAGGAGCUUCGAGGCCUUCUAGACAAUUUGAAAAUCAUGUUUGGUUGUGGCAUCAAAGCUUUAGAUGGUUUGGCCGGGGAGCUCGAUGGCAAUGCUCACUCAACUUUCGACCAUUUAAACACUGAAGUUUCUAAUCAUUCAUCUUCUCUCCGAGAGCUUUUUGAGGAAAUCGCCUUUGAGGCCAAUACCUUGGUUAAUGAUCUUCAAAAGAGUCUUCUCAGCCAGGAAGAGAAACUAAUUGCAUUUGCAGCACAACAACGUGAGGCUCACUGCAGGACAAUCACAACAUCAAGGUCAUUUUCUCAAAUUACUGGCAACUUCUUUAAGACUUUGGAUAUGCAUGUCUCCCAACUGGGCGAUAUAGUUGAAGAUGCACAGACCGUCAGUGACCAGAAGUUUUCUGAACUUGAAAAGAAGUUUGAGGAAUGUGCUGCCAAUGAGGAGAGGCAAAUCUUGCAGAAAGUGGCAGAACUUCUUGAAGGAUCAAAUGCUAGGAAGAAAAAAUUGGUUCAAACUGCAAUCAAUGACCUCCGAGAAAGUGCUUACAACCGAACCAGCAGACUAAAACAAGAGAUGUCAACCAUGCAAGAUUCAACUACUUCAGUCAAAGACGAAUGGACCAAUUAUAUGGAAAAGGCUGAAUGCCAUUAUCUUGAGGAUACUUCUUCUGUGGAAAAGGGGAAGAAACAGAUGGAGGAGGUGCUACAGAAUUGUCUGCAAAAUGCAAAACUGGGCGCUGAACAAUGGACGAAUGCUCAACGCUCUUUGAUCAGUCUAGAGGAAAGAAAUGUUGCGUUUAUGGAUAAAAUUGUUAGUGAAGGAAUGAAUGCCAAUGAAGCACUGCGUGCACAGUUUUCGUCUGGCGUGUCAUCUACUCUUGAAGACACUAAUGUUGCCAGCAAAAACCUUCUCUGUUCCAUUGAUCAUUCUUUACAACUUGACCGUGAUGCUUGUGGGAACCUUGAUUCCAUGAUUGUUCCUUCUUGUGGAGAGCUGAGAGAAUUGAAGAGUGGACACUACCACAAGGUUGUUGAGAUUACAGAUCAUGCUGAACAAUGUCUUUCACAAGAGUACAUGGUCGACGAACCAUCUUGCUCUACACCGAAAAAGAGAGCUUUCAGUAUACCAAGUGCUGGUUCCAUUGAAGAGCUCAAAACUCCUCCUUUCGAGGAGUUGUUGAAAUCACUUUGCGAUGGAAAAUCACUGAAGCAAGCAAAUGGAGAUGUAAAACAUAUUGCAGAGGACGCUCAUUCAUUGAGAGAUUCAAGACUUCCUCUCACUACUAUUAAUUAGGACUAUAGAAAUUAGACAUUAUAGGAUUAUGGAAGAAAAGCUGUACAUAAGAAUUCACCUACAUGGACGAGUGAGGGAUAGCUUAGCGGGUAAGGGCCCUCCACCUCCAAUUAUAGUAGGGAGUUCAAGUCAUCAAGGGAGCAAAGUGGAAGGAAGCCAUUGUUAGGCUUCUUGAGCAGGGGGAGUUUAAAUGUGGGUUACCAUAUCCAAGAAACAAAAAAGGAAAGAAAAUCUCCUACAUGUAAUUGAUAUUAGUGUAUCCUAUUCUUUAAAUUAUUUGUAGUGAUUGGCAAGUGUUUCAUUUGUCCUCUUGUAGGAAACAGAAUUGGGAGAUUCCUGUGACACUGACAGGUAUAGUAAAUGAGUGGCUUUGAGGUA